AUGACCGCUCGCCCCAAGCGGCUGUUCUGCCUCAUCCUUCAGCUCUUCGGCUCUUCCAUGUCCGCCGCGUCGUGUCAUCUUAAUCGCUCGGCAUCCUGGGUUCCCUCCCUCCGGGGAGUCGCAGUGGCUGCAGCGAACCGGCUAACCUACUCGAGGCAAAGUCAUCCAGCCACAAGCCUUUCACUCCGUUUCCAAUUCGUCGAAAAAAUCCCCAAGACCACAGUCAGCAAGGAUAAGAAGGACCAAAUGUAA